AGUCUUGCGAAUUGCCCCUAGUAGCAGUAACAGGCCCAAUUGUUCUUGUAAAAUAGUAUAGGCCCAAAUAUUUCUCAUUUCUGUGUUCGCGUGCACGACAGUCAUCGGAACGCUCCACUCACUGGUGGAACUGCAGAUCUCCGGUGGACUUUAGCUGAUUGAUUAAAGUCGUCCAAUGGAAGCUAAAUUCUUCCGCUUUCUCAAGAUUGUUGGAGUCGGUUUCAAGGCUAGGGCAGAAUCUGAAGGUCGUCUCUUGUACCUUAAGCUGGGUUACAGCCAUGAGGUUGAACUGACCGUGCCCCCUGCAGUUCGUGUCUUCUGUUUCAAACCCAAUGUAGUUUGCUGCACUGGGAUUGACAAGUAUAGGGUACAUCAGUUUGCUGCUUCUGUAAGGAGCUGUAAGCCUCCUGAAGUUUACAAAGGCAAAGGUAUUAUGUACAUUGACGAAGUAAUAAAAAAGAAGCAGGGAAAGAAGUCAAAAUGAGAACCUUUAUUCAUGGUUCUUUGUUGGGCUUGGGCUUUGUUCUCUUUAUGAUGCUAGACAAUUUCUCUUUUAAGCAUCCUUCCUAUUGUAAUUUUUUCUCUAACUCCGAGUCCUUUAAAAGAUAGAAUGGUUGAAGGUCUUCUACUGUAGUCACAGAAGUUGCUAAACAUCUCAAUGACUUUCUGUAUCAGCGUUUUCAUCCUUUCAAAUGCUAUAGAUAAGUGAAUGACGGUGUUGAUGAAA